AUGGCUUCAAAACGAAUUAACAAGGAGCUUCAAGAUCUUGGACGUGAUCCACCUGCUAACUGCAGUGCUGGUCCAGUGGGUGAUGAUUUAUUUCACUGGCAAGCGACCAUUAUGGGUCCUGAAGACAGUCCGUAUUCUGGUGGUGUCUACUUUUUGAACAUUUACUUCCCGGCUGAUUAUCCGUUUAAACCACCCAAGGUGAAUUUUACAACGCGCAUCUAUCACUGCAACAUCAACGCUAAUGGCGGUAUCUGUUUGGACAUCUUGAAAGACCAAUGGAGCCCUGCGCUAACGAUUUCCAAGGUCCUGCUGUCAAUCUGCUCGUUGCUUACGGAUGCUAACCCGGACGAUCCACUUGUGCCUGAAAUCGCGCAAAUUUAUAGAACAGACCGUGCGCGUCAUGAUGCUACUGCUCGUGAAUGGACCGCCAAGUAUGCCACUUAG